AUGAGGAAAGGAUCCAAAAUACAGACAUUCGAUCAUAACAAUAAAGACGAACCGAGUCGGCAUGACAUUGUCCGAUCUAGUAGCAGUUGGUGGAAAUUUCCAAGUUGGGAAUCAAAGAAAAAUCUGACUCGUUCUUCAACUAUCGAAAAUGGCAUUAAUGUUAAUUUUAUUAACGUGAGAGAACAGCAGAAAAAGUCAAAAGCGACAACUGAUUGUGCAGUGGAUAGCUCAUUAGUAAGCCUUAGUUCUGCUGCGGCGAACACUAAAGCACAUGAUUUGUAUAAGGUAAUAAUUAUCGACUAA